CGAUGAAAGAUCAAAACAUUAAAUAUUAGUUGACAAUUUUUAAUACAACGUAAAUUCAAUAAUCAAAAUCGUUUAAUGUUAUCCGUUCUAUGAAUUAUUAUAUAUUUUAUGAUAUUAAUUUAAUGUUAGUACAACAUCCGUAGACGUGGAUAUAUGUAUAUAUAUAUAUACAUAUACACACAUCAAAUUAUAAUUUAACUUAAUAUCUAAUAUUACAUCACGAUAUGAUUACAUAUAAUGUCAACUGUGCACUUUCUAUUAAAAGAUCUUAUUUCACUUUUCUCCAUUUCGUUUAAUAUAUUUGGAGUAUUUUUGUUAGAUUUUUCUUAUAUCUUCUUAUACUUUUAAAUAUGAACGAAUCAGGAUCUAAUUUAGUGACCACAUAUACUUUUAAAGGAGGGAAAGAAUAUGUCGUAAAAAUGAAAGUAUUGGCUUUUAAACGAUGUCAAAGAUGUUUGGAAUUGACGAUAACCGAUAAAUUUACUGCUGAAGAUUGGCGAUCAUCUUAUGAUACUGCAUAUAUUGAAAAUUUGACACAUAAGACUGGAAAUUAUAAACAGUUUGACGUAUUUGUCGCAAUGCUGCAAUCGGGACUAUUAAAAACAAGCGAGUCUAUCACAUUGGAUUUAUUGACUUUUGAAGAUCUAGAAUUAUUACGUUCUCGCAAAAUUGAUAAUAGUUCUAUUUCAGCUAUAAGUAAUAAGGCAAAUAAUCGACGGUAUCUCAUUUUAACAUAUACAGUAGAAUUUGAUCGAAUCCAUUAUCCAUUGCCCUUGGAAUACUGUGGUUUGCCUGAUCCAACAAUAUUGCAAGCAACAAUAAGAAGAUUGCAAGCUGAAAUUGAAAGAUUAAAUGCUACUGGUAUGAAUAAAGAUCUUCAGAAACGGAUAGAGAAACUUUCAAUCACAAAUCAAAGAUUACUUGAAGAAAAUCAUAAACUCUCUAGUGGAGGAAAAGGCAUAAGACGAUUAGCAAGUGCGAUAAGCGCGUUAGAAAAUAGCGUUGCCAAAGAACGAGCAUCGUUCCGAACACAAAUUCAAAAACUUCGUGCUGAAAAUGCCGUAUUGUCAUUAAAAAUACGUCAGCUUACUGAGUCUACUACUAGAAGAUCGGGUGAUGGUAGUCCUGCAUUUAAACGUCGGACUCCUCCACCUUCUUCGCAUAGUCGUCGUUCAAUUAAUAGAAGAAGUAGAAGUCGGUCUCCUUCUAUUUAUAGUCAUUUUAAAGCAUCUAGUUUGUCACCUGGAAGUUCAGUGGAGUCAUUCCAAACUAAAAAUUCUUCGAAUCGGAAUAUUGUAAAAUCACGUUACAUUUGCUCUAAAGAAUCAAAAAUUGAUUUUGGAAAUUUGGAAUCAAGGAUUUACACACUUCAAAAAAUGUUAAAAGAGGGAAUUAAUCUUAGUUAAAAACAUAAAUACAGUAAUACUUAUUCUUUAUGUAUAUACAAACUAAAUACAUACCUUUAUUUAUUAAAA